GCAGCAUCCGCCCCGCGCUCUCCCAGCCCGCUGCUCCCCUGUCGACGCCCGGGGCUUGGGCGAGCCCGGCUGGGUUCCGAACUUGGGGGGAUUCUUUCUUUUCUCUCCGGUCUGUGUUCUGGUGGUGCAUUCGUCCGGGGUCCAGGAUGACAAUCCGACACCAAGGCCAGCAGUACAGGCCGAGGAUGGCAUUUCUCCCAAAGAUUGAAGCGCUCGUGAAGGACAUGCAGAACCCGGACACAGGUGUCAAAAUGCAGAACCAGAAAGUCCUGGUCACCAGUGUCCCGCACGCCAUGACAGGAAGUGACGUUCUACAAUGGAUCACCCAGCGACUUUGGAUCUCCAGCCCAGAGGCGCAGAACUUGGGGAACUUUAUUGUCAGGUAUGGCUACAUUUACCCGCUGCAAGACCCCAAGAAUCUCAUUCUCAAGCCUGAUGGCAGCCUCUACCGAUUUCAGACACCGUAUUUCUGGCCCACCCAGCAGUGGCCAGCCGAAGACACCGAUUAUGCCAUUUAUCUGGCCAAGCGAAAUAUCAAGAAGAAAGGGAUUUUAGAAGAAUAUGAAAAGGAAAAUUACAAUUUUUUGAACAAAAAAAUUAACUACAAGUGGGACUUUGUUAUCAUGCAGGCCAAAGAGCAGUAUAGGACUGGAAAGGAAAGGACCAAAGAAGACAGGUAUGCGCUGGAUUGCCAGGAGAAGGCCUACUGGCUGGUGCACCGAUGCCCGCCCGGGGUGAACGAUGUGCUGGACUACGGCCUGGACCGAGUGACCGACCCAAAUGAAGUUAAGGUAAACCAGAAACAAACAGUCAUUGCUGUCAGAAAAGAGAUCAUGUAUUACCAACAAGCCUUGAUGAGGUCUACAGUGAAGUCAUCAGUGUCGCUUGGAGGGAUCGUCAAGUACAGUGAGCAGUUUUUGUCCAAUGAUGCCAUCAUGUCGGGCUGCCUCCCUAGCAAUCCUUGGAUAACGGAUGACACCCAGUUCUGGGAUUUAAAUGCCAAAUUGGUGGAAAUCCCAACCAAAAUGCGCGUGGAACGAUGGGCCUUCAACUUCAGUGAGCUGAUCCGAGACCCCAAGGGUCGACAGAGCUUCCAGCACUUUCUCAAGAAGGAAUUCAGUGGGGAGAACCUGGGAUUCUGGGAAGCCUGUGAGGAUCUGAAGUAUGGAGAUCAGUCCAAGGUCAAGGAGAAAGCUGAGGAGAUUUACAAACUGUUCCUGGCCCCAGGGGCGAGGCGGUGGAUAAAUAUAGAUGGCAAAACCAUGGACAUCACAGUGAAGGGGCUGAAGCACCCCCAUCGCUAUGUGCUGGAUGCCGCCCAGACCCACAUAUACAUGCUCAUGAAGAAGGAUUCUUAUGCUCGCUAUUUAAAAUCCCCAAUCUAUAAGGAAAUGCUGGCCAAAGCUAUUGAACCUCAGGAAACCACCAAGAAAAGCUCCAGCCUCCCAUUUAUGCGGCGCCACCUGCGCUCCAGCCCGAGCCCCGUCAUCCUGAGGCAGCUGGAAGAAGAAGCCAAGGCUCGAGAAGCAGCCAACACAGUGGACAUCACCCAGCCGGGCCAGCACACGGCCCCCAGCCCCCACCUGGCCGUGUACACCGGCACCUGCGUGCCUCCCUCUCCUUCCAGCCCCUUCUCCUCCUCCUGCCGGUCUCCCAGGAGGCCCUUCCCCUCGCCCAGCCGCUUCAUCAGGCGGCCCAGCAGCACCAUCUGCCCCUCACCCAUCAGAGUGGCCCUGGAGAGCUCCUCAGGCCUGGAGCAGAAGGGGGAGGCCAGCGCCCUCUACAGCAGGCCCUUCGUCACCGAGAGCAGUGGGGCCUCUGUCGACUGUCCCUGGCCUCGCAGCCAGCCCAGGGCCCCUCCCAAGGCCCGCGUGGCUCUGUCCUUCAGCCGGUUUCUCAGACGAGGCUGCUUGACUUCGCCGGUCUUUGCCAGGCUCUCACCUAAGUGUCCCGCUGUGUCCCAUGGGAAGGUGCAGCCCCUGGGGGAUGUGGGGCAGCAGCUGCCACGGCUGAAGACCAAGCGAGUGGCCAACUUUUUCCAGAUCAAGAUGGAUGUGCCUAUGGAGAGCGGAACGUGCCUGGUGGACUCAGAGGACGUCGGGACGGGAGAGUCGGGAGACCGGGCUGUAGAAAAGGAGGUCAUUUGCCCCUGGGAGAGCCUGGCGGAGGGGAAAGCAGGCUGAGCCAGGAGCCAUGGACCAACCAGGAAGAUGCUCCCAGCAGACGCUGCUGGGUGGGGACGUGGUUUCAGCCAAGCGCAUUAAGAUGAUGCUGGAGGGCUGUGGAAAGGAGCGCUCUGGCUGGCUCCCAGUGGCCACAUCCCCCUCCUCCCGACCCUCCCUCCCUGGGGCAGGAGAAAGGCAUGUGGAUCAGAAGACUUCCCCUGCUGCCUUAAAACCGAUAAAGGUUAACUUGU